AUGUAUAGGCCUCUCUACAGACGAUGUGCACGCCAAUUCCUGCGGCCAGUGCAGGCUAGCAGCACUCGGAGCUAUGCGGCUGCUUCUGCAACGCCGCCGUUCGACUGGCAGGACCCGUUGAAUGCAAAGGCGCUGCUCACCGAGGAGGAGCUUGCCAUUGCGGACACCGCGGAGAAGUACUGCCAGGAGCAACUACUUCCCAGAGUCCUCCAAGCAUACCGCGAUGAGAACUACGACCGCAAUAUCCUCUCCGAGAUGGGCGAGCUGGGCCUGCUUGGCGCGACGAUCGAUGGAUACGGAUGUGCUGGUGUGUCUACGGUUGCAGGUGGCUUGAUUACGAGGGCGGUCGAGCGUGUGGACAGUGGCUACAGGUCAGGCAUGUCGGUACAGUCCUCGCUGGUGAUGGGCGGCAUCCACGAGUUUGGGUCCGAGGAGCAAAAGGAGAAAUACCUACCAGACAUGGCCAAGGGCAAGCUGCUGGGUGCGUUUGGUCUGACCGAGCCCAACCACGGCAGCGAUCCCGGCUCGAUGGAGACAACGGCUCGGCCACAUCCCAGCAAGAGCGGCUACUACCUGCUGUCUGGCGCAAAGACGUGGAUCACCAACUCGCCCAUCGCCGACGUCUUGCUCGUGUGGGCCAAGCUCUCAGAGACGGGCAAGAUCCGCGGCUUCCUCGUCGACCGCCGCGACAGCCCCGAAGGCACGCUGUCCACGCCGCCCAUCAAGAACAAGAACGGCCUGCGCGCCUCCAUCACCGGCAUGAUCCAGCUGGGCGACUGCCCCGUGCCGGCGGCCAACAUGUUCCCCACGGUCGAGGGCCUGCGCGGGCCCUUCGCGUGCCUCAACAGCGCGCGGUACGGCAUCGCCAUGGGCACGAUGGGCGCGCUGGAGGACUGCAUCGCGCGGGCGCGGACGUACGCGCUGGAGCGGCGGCAGUUCAAGGGCAACCCGCUGGCGCGGUACCAGCUGGUGCAGAAGAAGCUGGCGGACGCGGCGACGGACGCGGCGUACGGGAUGCUGGCGGCGGUGCAGGUGGGGCGGCUGAAGGACGAGGGCAAGGCCACGCCCGAGAUGAUCAGCCUGGUCAAGAGGCAGAACUGCGACCGGGCGCUGGUGAAUGCGCGGACGCUGCAGGAGGUGUUUGGCGGCAAUGCGGUCAGCGAUGAGUAUGGCAUCGGGCGGCACGUGGCGAAUCUGUUCGUCACGCAGACGUAUGAGGGCCAGAGCGACAUUCAUAGCUUGAUUCUGGGAAGGGCCAUCACUGGCAUCCAGGCAUUUGUAUGA